UCUUUUUCAGCACGUGGGAACAUUUUUGGACCCUACGAUAUUCCACUUGGCUUAUUCUUCAUCGUCCAUUUUUUAAAACCAAAGACCAAAAUUUUGUACCCUUUUUAUAAGCGCCAAAAUCACUUUGCCACCUUAUAUAUAUAUAUAUAGAGUCCAUUAAUAAGCGAUGGAAUUAAAAUUAAACAUGGAACAAGAUCCUAGCAAUGAAAGAAGAACUAAUGGUGGUGGCGGAGAGAUAAAAUAUCGAGGCGUACGUAGGCGUCCGUGGGGUAAAUUUGCAGCGGAGAUACGUGACUCAGCACGACAAGGGGCACGUGUAUGGCUAGGGACAUUUAAUACUGCGGAAGAAGCAGCAAGAGCUUAUGAUAGGGCAGCUUAUUCAAUGAGGGGACAUUUAGCUAUACUAAAUUUUCCUGAGGAGUAUAAUUUACCUAGUAGCUCUUCACAUUUUUAUAGUGCCGGUUCUUAUUCUUCAUCAUCAAUGGCUUCAUCAUCAUCGUCAUCGUCCUCGAGGCAAGUUCUUGAAUUUGAAUAUUUGGAUGAUAAGUUGUUGGAGGAACUUCUUGAUUGUGAUGAAGAGCCAAACAAGAGGAAAUAAAGAUCAUUUCAAAUGUGACGGACGCAUGCAAAAAGUUUUCACUAAGAAAGCUCAUCAUUUAUCAUAUAUAAGUUCAAGAAAAAAGAAAUAUUUAUAUCUUACUUAUACAAUAUGGUUUUUACAGAAAAAAGUGUUUCGUCUGAACCCCUUCUGCCCCUCUAGCUCCGUCCACUAAUUUGAAUAAUGUAAUUGGUCUGAAUCCCCUUCCGCCUCUAUAGCUCCGUCCACUAAUUUAAAUAAUGUUCUAUGUCUAUUUAUCAUAUACUCUAUUUUAAUUUCACUAUGAAAUUUUCAUUUUUUUCCCUUAAUUUUGAAUUUUAGCAAUCAAUUUGUUGCUACAAUUCUUGUAACUCAAUUGUACUAGUACUAUAUUUGGUAAAUGCAAAUGUUGAAAGGUCAACAAAAGAAAAAUUGCAAGUCUUUAUGAUCAUAAA